UGCGGGACAGGGGCUCACCCCAAACCAGGGUGAGGCUGCAAGGUGGAGGAGGAAGAGCUGGAAAGGGGGCGAGUAACGGGACCGGGGUAAGAACCUCGGGGGCGGUCAAGGCGGCAAGAGGGCGGCGCGAAGUGUUUUCCGAUCCGGCUGCCGCCUCGGCCCGACUCCCAGCGAUCGUGGCUCAAGACCUCCUCUCCUCCGAGCAGCCGGGCGAAUUGGGUCUGAGGACCCAAGAGCAUAGGAAGGACAGCGCCAACGCCAAAGGAACAAGGUUAGGAUGAGACAAGCAGAGCGGUGGUCUUGAAAUUGGUGUUUGCAGAAGAAGAAAGGCCAAGGUUGAGGGCCCGGUACUUGGCGAAUAUCGAUGUGGAAAUGUGUGUGAUGAGAACACUGGACUUCAGAGCCUUUGAUGCAACAGGGUCGUCAAAAUUAAAGCAAGGAGCAUCAUAUAUAAAUAAUGAUCCAUGAUCAAGAAUUACCAAAAUAUAAGCCAUUACCCAAAAAGCAGGGCUAAACGGCAUAACUGAGUACUCGGGACUUUAAAACCACAAUAAAAUAAUAGUCAUUCUCAAAACGAAGUGAAAACUAUAACCCCAAAUUUGAAAGAAUCAUAGACAAAGUGAUGGAACAAUGUGAGAAGAAUGUUAAUAUCAAUAGUAUUAAAAUCAAUAGCAAUAAAAUAAGAAAGAGCAACAGUGUCAAAAUGAUAAAACCGUAGGAAAAAGGUGAACAAUGAAAAUACUAAUAAGGGAAAUACUAAUAUUAGUAUUGACAGAAUACUAUAAUAUAAUUUAUUAUUGAUGCUAUAGUGAAUUAUUAAAUGUUAACCAAAAUCUUAAGAGCAAUAGUACUAUAAAUAAAGACAGCAACAAGAACUGCUGGAGUAUGACAAUUUAUGACCAAGGUUUUAAUAGUCCCAACAACAGUAUAAAUAAUGAUAGAGUAAUAAGAAGUAGUGUACCAAUGUGAUGAAAAAGAAUCAGAGUAUUAAGAGCUACAACAAUAUGACAAAUUAUGACAAAGUAACAAGAAGUAAUGAUGUGAUGAAAAAUAACUAGCGAAUUAAGAUCCAUAACGUUACAAAUAAUGACAAAGUAAAGAGAUAUUGUAACAAUGUGAUGAAGAAUACCUGGAGUAUUAUGAACAAUCCUAACAAAACAAGUAACGGUAAAAUAACAAAAAGUAUUAUACGGAUGUGAAGAAAAUUAAUGUGAAUAUUGAGAACAAUAAUAUUAUGUUAUGGUAAAAAAUUAUGGAAACUGUGACCAAGAACAGAGACUGAAGAACCAGCCACGGAAACAUUUUAGGGAUACAGAGUAAAAAUAAUAAUAGAUUAACAUGACCUAUUGGAAGACUGUAUUUAAUGAUUGCCUAAGUGUUAGUAGAAUACUAAUAGAAUUACUAACAUGCCAGGAGGCCCUAGAAUGAUGUGACAGGAAAGCCAUAACAACAUAUUUGAUAAUGAUGAAUUAACAAAUCAAACCAGUACUUUAACCAUACAGUAUUAAAAAUAAAAGCACUAAUAACUAGUGUGUGAUAGGAUAGUUUUAAUGUUAUUGAACUGGCCAGAAUACUACUCUGAUAAUAAAGAUAAUUAAAAUGCUUAAAAUAGUAUAAACUAUUAACAAUUCCCCCGACACAAGAAAAGUAUCACCAGUAAUCUAGAAAUGGAAAGAAAAAUGCUAUCCUUAGAAAACGAGACAGCUGAAAGUGACGGACCCGAGCGCACAGGGCGCGGAGCCGACCGGCCGCGCCCGCAGAGGGCUCUAGGAGUAGGGCGAGCGCCGGCCGCAGCCCUCGGCUGAUGCCGGACCUGCUGGUACCCGCGUCCUAGCGCGCCGGGGCUAGGGGUCCGAGCGGACCGGACCUCGGGUCUGCUCGUGCCGGGCGGGAAGACAAGGAAACGAGCGGGGAGCUCCAGGGAAGGCGAAUCGUCGGAAUGUCGGGAUGUGGCUGCGUGGCUGAGAGACAAGGAAGAGGCGAACCUCGAGUUUGGGAAGGAGAGCCCCGCACAGCACUCGUCCCUCGUUGGGACUGGAGCUCAGUGACCGCGGGCAGCGGAUAUGCUCCGCACCGGGCAGGACCGAGAGAGCGCGGCGCAAGUCGCGGGGCGUCGCGUGACAAGUGCCCCGCAGGGGUCCUAGCGGCCAGGAGAGCAUCUCACCAGGCGGUCCCUCCCGCCCCCGCGGGCCGCCACACCUGGACCAGCUGACCCCGGGGGCCCAUCCAGGCUGACCCCAGAUAUAAUCGGAACCAACGCCUUGGGCCAGAGCGCAUAACCACCCUCGUUGUAGUGGUGCGGUGUCCCCUUGCGUGGGGUCUCCUGGAUUUCCAGGCUCAGUCCCGCAACUCGCCUGUGGGCCAAGGACCGUGGUGGAGUUGGCUAUGCCCCGCGGGCCUGCCUCCUCCGUGCCUGUGGCUCAAGGACCGGCAGGGCUGUCAGCCUUAUCUUUAUGGGCUUUUCCCAGCCCCAACUGGCCCCGGCCCCUUUUUAUCUCCUCGGUUGCACUUGGCUUGUUUACUUUGUGAGGCCCUGGGAGCCGAUGUCUAGGCCUGGGAUGAGGAGGCCAGUGGAUGAGAGGCCUGGGCCGUGGAAUGCCCAGAGAGAUCCUGGGGAGGACAGAAAGAAGGUAGGAGGAGAAAGGGGGAACAUUCGGUCACAGAAGAGGCAGCUGGACAUUUAGAAAGCCUCCCUAGAGCUUGCCCAGAUCCAGAUGAAGGGAGAAGAGCUAGGUGGUGGAAAGGAGAAGCAGAGAUAAUGCAGAGUUGCGCCCACGAUAGAGGCAGGUCCUUGCAGGCUGGGCUCUCAUCCUGACAUCCUGGGACCAGCUUCCAAAAGGAAGCAGGCACAUGAGAAGAGGGUGAAUAGUCCUAGUCGUUUGGGGAAGGGGCAGGACUAGGCUGUGCUGGUGAACUGGGCCCACCCAGCUGACCUGGUCCUUAGCUGGGAGGGGUCUGGGUCCUUUCCCCAAAGCAGAGCCCUUUGUAACUAAAAAUGUGAGUGACUGAGCCAGCCAGUGUGCAUGUGAGGGCACAGCUGGAGUGCCCCUGGCUGAGUUUAGGGCCUGAAUCAGAGAGACCCUAGGAAAAUGUGGCUCCUUGGGUGACUUCCCAGCUGUGUCUGGGUGUGAGUAUGUGUGUGCAUGCGUGGGUGGGUGCCGCACAGGUGGCGAGGGGAGUGGGAACAUGCAGGAGGGAAACCCUUUGGUUCAGGAAUCAUCUACCUGGCUGCAGUCUGAGGGAAGCGGGUGAGCCAGGGCCUGAGAGGCCACUCCAUAGGGAGGUCCUCUCUGCUGGUGUGGAGCCCCGGAACAUGGGCCCUACCCUCCAGGCCUGACUCUGGCUCAGAAAGGGUCCUAGCUGCCCUAGGCCAAGAGGGAGCCUGGACCCCAGUGAUGAAGGAUCAGCCGAAAAAGAACCAGGCUUCAGACUCCACUGGAGCCCAGCAGGAGGAGGGACUCGGGGUGCAGCUGGGGCCAUGCCGAGAGGGCGGUCCUUCCCCCAGACCUACUCAACGCACAGCCCCAUACCCAGGGGCAGGCAGGACCUUGAACCGCGCACAAACCCUCACAGGUCCAGACCCGGAGGGAGGAGGAAAGGGUCCUGCCCCCCGCGUAUUUUCCCUCCUCCAGCUCAGGAGGGGGCGGGGUCCACGUGCGCAGGGCCGAACCCCCCGCCACGGCCAGGUUCCAGAGGGCUGCGGGGUCCCGGGCGAGUGUGGACCGGGGCAUGUGACUCGUGUGUGCUGUGCCCACAGGAGAUGCUGCAGGAUAAAGGCCUGUCGGAGAGCGAGGAGGCCUUCCGGGCCCCGGGAGCCGCGCUCGGCGAGGCCAGCGCCGCCAGCGCCGCCAACGCUGCCAACGCCCCGGAGCCCGCGCUGGCCGCGCCAGGCCUCAGCGGAGCCGCGCUCGCCAGCCCCCCGGGCCCCGGCGCCGACGUCGCCGUCGCCACCGCCGCCGCCGCCGAGCAGACCAUCGAGAACAUCAAGGUGGGCCUGCAUGAGAAGGAGCUCUGGAAGAAGUUCCACGAGGCGGGCACCGAGAUGAUCAUCACCAAGGCCGGCAGGAGGAUGUUCCCCAGCUACAAGGUAAAAGUCACGGGCAUGAACCCCAAGACCAAGUACAUCCUGCUGAUCGACAUCGUCCCAGCGGAUGACCACCGCUACAAGUUCUGUGACAACAAAUGGAUGGUGGCAGGGAAGGCUGAGCCGGCCAUGCCUGGACGGCUGUACGUGCACCCGGAUUCUCCUGCCACGGGGGCCCACUGGAUGCGGCAGCUGGUCUCCUUCCAGAAGCUGAAGCUGACGAACAACCACCUGGACCCCUUCGGGCAUAUCAUCCUCAACUCCAUGCACAAGUACCAGCCGCGGCUGCACAUCGUGAAGGCCGACGAGAACAACGCUUUUGGCUCCAAAAACACAGCCUUCUGCACCCACGUGUUCCCAGAGACUUCCUUCAUCUCUGUGACCUCCUACCAGAAUCACAAGAUCACACAGCUGAAAAUUGAGAACAACCCUUUCGCCAAGGGCUUCCGGGGCAGUGACGACAGUGACCUGCGUGUGGCCCGGCUGCAGAGCAAAGAAUACCCCGUGAUCUCCAAAAGCAUCGUGAGGCAGAGGCUCGUCUCGACCCAGCUGUCAUCCAAGCCUGACGUCAGCCCCCUGCACGGGGCUCACCAGGCGCUCCAGCACUACCAGUACGAGAACGGGGCUCACAUGCAGUUUGCCGCGGCCGAGCCCCAGGACCUUCCCCUCAACACCUUCCCAGCCCAGAGGGACUCCAGCCUCUUCUACCACUGCCUGAAAAGACGAGCAGACAGUGCCCGCCACCUGGACUUACCCUGCAAGCGAUCUUAUCUGGAAGCACCCUCGGCGGUGGGGGAGGACCAUUAUUUCCGUUCUCCCCCGCCCUACGACCAGCAGAUGCUGAGCCCCUCCUACUGCAGCGAGGUGACCCCACGAGAGGCCUGCAUGUACUCAGGGUCGGGGCCCGAGAUUGCGGGGGUGUCCGGGGUGGACGACUUGCCCCCGCCCCCGCUGAGCUGUAACAUGUGGACGUCCGUGUCCCCUUACACGAGCUACAGCGUUCAGACCAUGGAGACUGUGCCUUACCAGUCCUUCCCCACGCACUUCACCGCCACCACGAUGAUGCCCCGGCUGCCCACCAUCUCCGCCCAGGGCUCCCAGCCGCCGGGCAACGCCCACUUCAGCGUCUACAAUCAACUCUCCCAGUCUCAGGUCCGAGAGCGGGGCCCCAGCGCCUCCUUCCCCAGAGAUCGCGCCCUCCCGGGUGCCGUGUGCGAGCGGAAGCCGCCCUCGCCGCACCUGAACGCGGCCAACGAGUUCCUCUACUCGCAGAGCUUCUCCUUGUCCCGGGAAGCCUCCUUACAAUACCAUUCAGGCAUGGGGACCGUGGAGAACUGGACUGAUGGAUGACUCCCAGGUCCCCUCCGCAGCCCCUGGACCGUGUUAACCCAGUCUUAACCUCUGAGGGUUGGCCUGCCCCCUAACCAAGAAACCCAGCAAGGUAUUUCAAAGGGUGGGGUGCAGUGUGCUACCCGCGCGCCUGUAUUUGGAGAGCACCUAUCUUCUGACAUACAGCUGAGGCCCCGACAAAGCAAAAAAAAAAAAAACACACACACUUAUCUAAGAAGAGAUUUUUGGCUGCAGGAUUUGGAUCCAGUCUUUUCUGACAUCUCUUGACAUGCCCUUGGGUGGGAUGGGAGUGGAGUGUUCAUGUGAGUCACUUAGAGGUUCUAAUAAUAUAAUUUUUGAUUAACUCAGGGGCCAGGUGGUGAAGUCUCUCUGGCAGGGCAAGUCGGGAGUACGGGGGUUGGGGGAGGAGGAUUCUCCUGACUGGGGAGGUGGGGCUCUCUGCCCAUCUUGCAGAGUCCUGGCUCUUGAGAAAGGUGCUGAGCAUCUUGUUCAGGGAGGAGGAGGCCCACUCCUUCGGCUUCCGGAGAGUCUGCGAGACUACCUGAGAGGUGGGCUCAGCUAAACCUCCAAGCCCGCUCAGAGAGGAGGGCUGACUGCUCGGUUAGUGGCCUGGAAAUUGAUCCCUGGAGCUCUGAGGUCUGAGGGACCACUUUUAGAGAGAGAAUCAUGGGCUAAGCACCAGUUGACAGAUAUUAAAACCCUGUUUUUUUUUCCGAGAAGUGUGAAAAUGCAACCAAUAACAUCUCUGGCAUCAUUCAGGUUUUCUUAUAAAGGACAGAGCCCUUCUGCCUUGGUCCCCAGCAUACAGCCCUCACUCUGAUGCGCCAGACUGUCUUCUCAGGCUCCGUCAGCGUCCUACAAUCGGCCGUUAGGAAGCGCACUUGACCUGGCCGUGUCCCCAGGAGACCGCGCUGCUCAGCACCUCCAGAGCCUGUUCUGCUCCCAGAAAACCCUCGCCUCUGGCACCUGGAGCCCAACAGAAAUAAAAACGAGAAUUGAGAAAGCAUCCCUUUCUUCCAGUAAAUUCAGCCAGUGAGCUCAGAGCAAGGAUAACGCUUUUCCAGGAAGGUGGAUCCCAUGGUCCCGAGCCCAGCUCUUCAGCAUUGAAUGUCACCAGCCCAUCCGUGGGGCUGGUGGGAACUCUGUAAUCAAAAUUUGGGAAAUCACUAAACUCUUUGCAUGCUGAAUAGCUAUUUAUAUAUUAUAUAAAUAAAAUAAAUAAAUAAAUAAAAUAUAUAAAUAUAUAUAUCUCACAAAUGCAGGCCACAUAUCAAAUCCAGCUUUGCUUUUUUUUUUUUUUAAACAAACGAAUAAACUUAAUAAAAUGAACAUUGGAGAGGGUAUUUGGAAAGACGUCUAUUUAAAUUUUUAUUACACAUUUGAUGUUAAAAACAAAGAAUGACUUAGAUAAAACGUAUAAAUAAAUAAAUAUAUAUAAACACACACACAGUACAGAUUACACUUUAUUAGAAGACACAUUAGCGAACGGGAUAUGAAACGUCAAGUGUUUUGUUAUAUAGCAUGGACAUUUUAUUUUACAUAUUGGAACAUAAAGCCAUUUUACAACUGUGAAGUGUGUGGAUGCUCUUUACUCCUGACUUGUCAUUUCUUGGCUCUGCCACAGUCUCUGCUUCCCCUCUUCCUCAUUGAGUUUCUCAAGGGCCAGGGGGAGCCCUUAGUGCCUCUGUGCAUUUGUAACCUGGAGCCUCUGAGCUUAGAGGGAAGUAAUUUAGGACCAAGGGAGCAAUCGUACCUUUGAUCUCACCCUACUCCCCAGAUGAUGGGUCUGGAUUCCGGGGCCCACGAAAACCCCAUAAGGGCAGGGAGACAGUAUACAAGAAUCUGUCACCUUUGAGUAGUGGACCCACAACCUUGCAAUGUGGGGGAAGUAUGCUCACAGGUGGGGAGUUCUUGGUGGCAUCUGUGUGGCUGCUUCAGACAAGGAACUGAAGAGCUGGUUGGAGUCAGAGCCUGCGGCUUCCUGGAACAACAGUCAAUGU